AUGCGCAGCAAGGUACACCUUCAAGCAUUCCGGUAUCUGGGACGAAGGCGUUUCUACCAGCGAAUAGAAGCUGCCUGGGGGCGGGGCCAGAACGUCAGCUGCUCCUCUUGGGCGGGGAAGCGAAGCCACGCGCCCCCUUUGGCCCUGCUGGGGGUCCUCGAGGCCUCCGGGAACGAGCUGGAGGAGCUGGGCCCCGCCAUCGCCCGCCUGGCCGGCCUCAAGGUCUUGGACGUUUCUAAUAACAAACUCUCGGAAAUCCCCGUGGAGUUGGCGGACUGCCCGAAGCUGAAGGAAGUCAACUUGAAAGGGAACACUCUCAAAGACAAACGGCUGGAGAAGAUGGUGAACAGCUGCCAAACCAAAUCCAUCUUGGAGUAUCUGCGGGCUGGGGGGCGAGGAGGCGGCAAGGGGAAGGGCAAACCGGACGGCGCAGAGAGAGACGAGCAGAGGAAGAAGAAGAGAGAAAGGAGCAGGAAGAAAGCCGGCAGCGACGCCGAGGAGGAGGAGGAAGAGACCCGGAAGCUGAUGGUGAAAAUCCUCCACAUUUCUGAGAACCCGACACCCUUGGUCAUCCAAGCCAGUCCCGGGGUCAAAGAGGUCCGGCCGUACAUCGUCUGCUGCGUGGUGAAAGGCAUGAAUUUCAAGCCAGGCAAUGCUUUGAAAAGGUUUCUCUCUGCCCAGACCAAACUCCACGAAGACAUUUGUGAGAAGCGGACGGCGGCCACCAUCGCCACCCACGACCUGCGGCUGGUGAAGGGUCCCCUUCUCUACGAUGCUCGGCCACCCGAUGAUUUGAAGGUCAUCCCGCUGGGCCGGAAGGAAGUGAAGGCCAGAGACCUCCUUCGGCAGCUGCAGUCGGAGGCUGAGGAGCAGCGCAAGCAGAAGAAGAGGCAGAACAUCUCUGGGCUGCACCGGUACCUUCAUUUGCUAGAUGGGAAGGAGCACUACCCAUGCCUGAUGGACGCCGAAGGCGCUGUGAUUUCUUUCCCGCCCAUCACAAACAGCGAGAAGACAAAGCUUGGGAAGACCAGCUCGGAUGUCCUCCUGGAGGUGACCAGUGCUGCAAGCCUUCAGAUCUGCAAGGAUGUCAUGGAUGCCCUCGUUCUUAAAAUGGCAGAGCUGAACAGGACCACGUGGGGAAAUAAAGACGGAGAACCGAGUUCCGACCAAGAAUCGAACGAAAUGGUCAGUCAUGGAAAUUCGAGCCCCGAAGCGGUCUCCGAAAACUCCCCCCUGGUCUUGGAGCAGGUUCGGGUGGUGGACACAGACGGGAACUUGAAAGUGGUCUACCCUUCCAAGACAGAUCUCAGCACAGUCUCAUCCCUCGUGACUGUCAUUCAUUAAGCGCCUCCCCACCCCUGGCUCCCUCCUCUUGUGAUGUUAUGCCAUGUCGUGAGCCGUCACCUCCCUCGGAAACCUUUUUUUUGCUUUGAAUACAGAGGGCAGCCUAUCAGGCUUUGGAUAUUUCUACCUUGGUGGGGUUGGGAAACGGCUCGGCGGGCCUUUUAACGGUUCAGGGUUUUGCAGUCUCGAGAAAGAGACUCCGAAGGUCCUCUUGGUUAAUAAAGCAAGAACCUCCCAUCCAUGCCUGGGAUGAGUUCAGAUCUCUCCGGGA